AGGAUAGAGGUGUUUCCGGGUGACGAUACAGAUUUGUCAAAUAGUCCGUGCAUGGCAUGGUUGUCAGGAUAGUCAUCGAUUCGGCCAAGGAACCAGGGUGGACAUUUUUAUCAGCGUGUAACAGAAGUUAAACCGCCAGAGGAAGGACUAACUCCAUCUUUACUGACUGUCUGAGCAGCUGUCCUCACCGCCGGGGAGCAGAUUUUCACAUUUGUCAUUGCUCGGUUAGCUCACUAGUUUAACGUUGCUCUUUGAAAAUGGCGGAUCUACCACCAGAGAAGAGCCUGGACGAUUUCUUUGCCAAGCGGGAUAAAAAGAAGAAGAAAGAGAAAGGAAAGGGCAAAGACACCGCCGCUGGACCGACGUCGGCUGUGAUGAAAAAGACUAAAAAGGAGAAGGAAAAAUCUGCGAAAAACGAGAAUCAGGACACACAGAUUGAAAAGGAGGACGAGGAAUGGAAAGAUUUUGAGCAGAAAGAAGUGGAUUACAGCGGGCUCCGGCUUCAGGCUUUACAGAUAAGUGAUGAGAAAGAGGAAGAGGAGUAUGAGAAGGAGGAGGUUGGUGAGGAUGGAGAGAUCAUUCUGGUCAGCGGAGACAAAAUGUCUGGUCCCUGGAACAAGUCUGGUGCCGCCCCAGCUCCUGCUGCUGCACCCGUGCAGGAGGUAGAGGAGCCUGAGUCGAAGCCUGCUGGUGUAUAUCGCCCCCCAGGGGCUCGGCUGUCCAACGCCAGAAGAGCUCCCACCCAGGGGCCUCCUGAGAUCUUCAGUGACGCACAGUUUCCCUCCCUACUGUCCACCGCCAAGCAUACGGAGACACGCAAGUAGGGACAGGGAAAUGGAGAAGACCUUUGAAGUUGUGAAACACAGGAACCGUGGUAGAGAGGAGAGCGGUGGCGCCUCUAUGCAGCACUUGCAACUCGACAACCAAUAUGCCAUCCUGGGGGAUAAGUAGAGCCAUUCCCCUCCGUCCCCUGGCCCCUUCAGCUUGGUCCUGCCCAGCCCCUCGAAGGAAGCUGAACUCCAGCUGUGUUGACUGCAGUCCCUACAGAGCCCACCUGCCAACAUCACCACACUGGUUACUCACACACACACACAGCGUCAUAUUCAUGCACAGCAAUACAACCGCAGCACAUACAAUGACACUCCCUUUAAAUAAAUGGCAGCACUUAACAUACACUGGUUGGCAAAACUGAAGGACUGCGUCUGAAGGGGCUGUUGAAAGAGGGAAUAAUUGAAAAGGAAUUGGCAAAAUACACCCAAACGUACAACACUGCAGCAGCAACAGCAGAUGACAGAUUUGUCCUGUGUGGAUUGUACUCAGAGCAGCAGUUGUGUGGCGCAACCUUUCUCUGGACUUCAACUUGCUUCGAUAAAGCCACAGAGGAUAACUUUAGGCAAGAUGAUUUUACAAACUUCUGUGAAAAUAUCUAUUUUUUUGCAAGAUCGUUAUAACCCAAUCGCACACGAUAUUUUGUGGUGUUUUUGAGUUGCGGUGGGGGCUUCAGGCGUGGGGAUACUACCUCAGCAGCAAAGCUGGUGGUGACAACGUGGACUGAGCAUUUUUUUUUUUUUUUUUUUGUCCUGCUGUGGUGGUGAACGAGGCAAACAUCAGCCCCUCCCCACAUACAAGCCGGCCAUCAGGCUCUUUAAUUUAGAAACUUGAAGCUUUUUUUUUUCCUUUCAUCAUGGUGAUGACACUCUGCAAAGAUCUAUGGACAAGAAGCGAUAGGUUGUGGUCCUCAUUUAGAAUUUCUGUAUAAAGUGGCCUUACUGAUAGAAAGAGAAACUGCUUUGUCAUCUGAAGAGAACUCUGCUUGUUGUCUCACAGGCUGCUGCCUGCCUCUGGAUCUCACCACUUGUGACAAAAAAAAAAAACAUACAAAUGAAAAAAAUCCUUCUGUUCAAGAAUGUAGUGCUGUUGUAGUUUGCCUGAUGAUUACAGCUACUAACUGUUUUUCAUAUCCACUGUUUGAUUUUGCUGCCCCUCUCUUAUUUUGGUCUGUUUUAGACAUCAGCAAAAGAAAUUAAAGCUUGUUUCUAAUCUCAAAUCAUUCUUUCGGUAACAAAUGUUUUACAGUGAUUUGACACCAGAUGCUCACAGAUGUUACAGUAUCAAGAAAAAUGAUGGGAAACCACUUUAAACACAUAUUUAUUGAGGUUGUGUGGCCAUACUGAGUUCACAGCUUUUAUAAUUUGUUGUGAAGUGGUACCGUUCAACCCCAGUUUUAACACCUUUUUUU